GGUUACUGUGUGUGUGUGUGUGUAGGCGGUUGCAUGGGUUUCUCCAGGUUCUCCAGUUUCCUGGUUUGAACAAGUGUGUGAAUGAGUUUGCGUGUACGCAUGGUGGCCUGGGAUGGACUGGGUGUUUUCCCACCUCAUUCACGAUGUUCCCAGGAUAGAAACCACCCAAAUCCGCCACCACCCUGACCAGGACAAAUGCUGCAUUUGCCUUACGUAGGAAGUGGGAAGUUUGAGCCUGGAAUUACGUACUUAUUCAAGCUACAAAGUGGGGAGGGAGACAUGGAUGCCUCUGUGUUUGUUCUUUUGUUAGCAGCAAGCUAGCCAGCUAACCGUGUUGAGUGACGUAUGCAGUCUAGACAGGUUAAUUUGAUGUCACUUGCUGAAUUCUGAGGAAGUUCAGGAGACCUUCCUCAGUUCCUGAGUAGGAAUCCCAAACUGAGGGUUGUGCUUUUUUGCGGUUUUCUUACUCGGAGGUUGGGAAUUGAGUUAUGUAUGAGAUUAGAUUUGUGCCAAAAGCACUGAACGGAACUUUCCAAGAAACGAACACAAAUAUACAUUUUUUAAAAAUAUACAAAAUUCCCCACCCAUGUUUACACAUCUCUGGCCCUAAAAUCUACAUAAUCCUGUAGAGAAGGCUUUAUAAAAUGACUGACAGGAGGUGCAGCUAAACACAAACAAGCAUUCUGGACCGUUUUCCAGAUGGGAUUUCUCAACCGCACAACACACUUGUGCUUAAACCUUUAUAUUUUAUAAUGGUUUACUUUCCUUCCAUGAUAAAAUCACACGACGCUGUAAGCAGUGAAGGGGUUAACGCAAAAGCGCGCGCGCGCGCCACGUCAUAAAGUACCCGGAAGUACGUCCCUGUAGUGUACGCGGAAGUAGCGAAAUGGCGGAGGAGGUCGGAAUCCUUAAAUAAAAGUUCAUGUAGCGUAACCGGAGUCCUCAAGGAUGAUGUCAGGGAAAUACCAAUGUUCCGCUGGAUGAAUGAGCGAUGCUAGGUCGAAGAUGGGACAUGCACUGUGUAUCUGCUCUCGCAGUUCCAUCACCAUCGACAACAAGAGAUACUACUUCAUCCAGAAACUCGACGAGGGCGGUUUUAGCUACGUCGAUCUGGUAGAAGGAGCUCAGGACGGCCGUUUUUACGCUCUGAAGCGAAUCCUUUGUCAUGACCGGGAGGGACGAAAGGAGGCACAGAUGGAGGUGGAGAUGCACCGACUGUUCAACCACCCCAAUAUCCUGAGUCUGACGGGCCAUGCCUUCACGGAGCGUGGAGGAAAGUGCGAGGCAUGGCUCCUCCUGCCCUACAUCAGUAAAGGAAGUCUGUGGUCCGUCCUGGAAAAGCUGAGAGGAAAAGGUAGCUCCAUGCCCGAGAGACGGAUCCUGCACGUUUUCCGUGGCAUUUGUGAAGGUCUAAAAGCCAUCCAUGACGAGGGAUAUGCACACAGGGACUUGAAGCCCACGAAUGUGCUGCUGGAGGAGAAUGACAAGCCGGUGCUUAUGGACCUCGGGUCUAUGAACAAAGCCCGGAUCGAAGUGAAGGGCUCCAGAGAGGCCAUGACCGUGCAGGACUGGGCAGCUCAGAGAUGCACCAUCUCCUACAGAGCACCUGAGCUUUUUAACGUGGAGAGCCACUGUAUCAUUGACGAAAAGACAGAUAUUUGGUCAUUAGGGUGUGUGCUGUACUGUAUGAUGAUGCUGGAAGGACCGUACGAUCUGGUGUUUCAGAAAGGAGACAGUGUCGCUCUGGCCGUCCAAAACCCGGUCGCCAUUCCACAACCAUGCAGUUACUCUGAAGGACUACAGACGCUCCUGAGCUCCAUCAUGGUGACGAACCCUCAGGAGCGGCCCAACAUCGACUGGGUGCUCGAACGGGUCAGAAACCUGCAGAGCUCAGAUGGCGGCGCGAUCGAAACUGACAGAGUAUGACGAAGGGAGCAUGCUUUUUACGUUCAAUCUAGACUGUUUUAUUUUCUUACUUUUACCUCAUUAAACGCAUUGAAAAUGCAUUCUUCAAACAUACAUUCCCUCACACACACACACAACUGCAUCAGCCUUAGCACUAAAGCUAAACUUUUCUGCGCCUGCUGGUGUGUCGUGCUGGCAGCAAGGGCGGAGUUUAAGUUAAAUUUGAUCAGCCAAUCACCACUAGCCUUUUUCAUUGUUUCUUUGACUCAAUGUACUGCUUAGCAUAAAAUAACGGUUCAGCACAUUGAGCGACGCUAGCCAUCUUAUUUCAAUUCAACUACAUGACAUUAACCUUACUUCUGCCACUACUGUUAGAGAAACUGUGUAAUUACCCAGAGUCUGAACUAAUUUGCUAGAAGCUCGUUUAAACUAGGCUAAUGAUAUAUUUUGUGGUUAAGAUCAAUAGCUAGAUAACAUUAAAUUAAUUAACUAUGGUGUACUGUAUGAUGAGUAUUAUAGCAUUAUUUUUAACAUUCUCUUGAUAACAAUUAAGCAUAACUAGAGGUUGAGAAUUAUGUAGCUAGACAGUUUCGUUAACAAGCUGGCUAAUGUUAGGCUUAAUAUAUUAUAAUCUAUUGCUAGCAAGCUUAUUAAAAGUAAGCUAGUUUUGAUAUUUGAUGACUACGAGCAGUAUUUUAUGCUAAACUGUACAUCGAGCAACAUUUAUGAUAAUUAAGAUAAAAUAAGUGUCUUAUUCUGAAAAUUAUAACUUCAAUUUUUUUUUUUUUUUUUUUUUUUUUUAAAUAUCUGUAGGGGAAAAAAAGGUAAAGUUGAAGUACAUACGUAAACACUAGUAGUUAGAGUGUACGUGUGGAAGACGAACCUGGCUUAUGAGUGAAAAUUUGCAUUUAAUAAGGCCAGUGGUUAAAAAAAAAAAAAAGGCAACAAUUGUUGCAUCUCAGACUGGAAGGAAAUGACGCGUUGCGUAGGUUUGAACUCGCUGAUGUUAACUGUCAUCCCUGGAAGUCCCGCCCCCUUCCCGUCCCCCAUCUCUUAGCCAGUGCGUAAGUCUCAACUUGACAUUCCUCGCUUUCUGACACGGUACAUGGAAAAUGUCUGUUGGACUUCACGAACACUAAACACGUCUUUAGUUAACUUCAGUUAGCUUUAUUUAUUAGAUUUUAUUAGCACCAAAAAAUUGAGACCUUUUUAACUCCCAUCCCAUUUCCGCAUUAUUCUGCUUCGGAGUUGACUGGUUCGAUCCCGUGAUACCUUCAGUACAUCGUCCCAGCCCUAGCGAGCGUCGAUUGAUGGUACAGCCGUAGUACAGUAUUAAUUUGUAAACUGUAACGGAAUCACUUGAAUGCAAAAGGACACAGGAAGUACUAACUUGGAAGUAGUAGCCAAUAAGAAAUAAGAAGGCGGGGCUGCGGUUGCUUACUUACAGAAACAAAAGUAAGCUACGGUUACAUAUUGGCUGCGUUUUUCUUUUCUUUUUUUACGCAGAUCCUUUUAAAAGGGUGUUUUCUGAUGUUAAAAUCACAUCUGUUCUCGUUAGUAAUAAAUUAUUCCUCAGUCAGAGAAUUACCUCUGGAGACCAGGAUGACAAUUUCAUGGUACACAACUUGCUGUGUAUAACCGUAUAUCUGCAUAUGCACACUUAUAUUUGGGACCUGUGUUUUAAUUUGUCAUUUUAUUGUUUUGGGUUUUUGUUUUUUUACAGUAGUUCUCAAAGCUUGAUGUUAAUUUGAGGAAGUAAAUUUUACGAGGUUGUAUUGUAUUUUUAUUUUAUUUGUAUGUAUUUUAACAGAGACUCAUGUCUGUAAAUGUCUCUUGUUUUUAUUUCACACUGAUUAAAAAUAAGUAAUUAAAUUCAA